AUAUGGUAGUUGUAAACAGAUAAACAAAUUCCAUUCUUUCCUUAGAGCAAAGUCAAAUCCACCUUCAUCUUACAAUUCUCAUACUCCUUAAAGUUAAAACCCAAUUCUUCAUUUCAAUUAUCUAACACUACAACAACAAAAAAAAUCUUUUUUUGUCAAAAAAAAUAAAUUAUUUUCAAAUGGAUUCAUCAUCAAUUGUUUGUGAGCUUGAAGGGACUUUAUUAAAAGAUCAAGAUCCUUUUAGUUAUUUUAUGUUAGUGGCAUUCGAAGCAUCUGGUCUUAUAAGAUUUGCAAUUUUACUUAUGUUAUGGCCAUUGAUUAAAAUUCUUGAAAUUACUGGCCAAAGUGAUAAAGGGUUGAAAUUAAUGAUAUUUGUGGCUACUAUAGGUGUAAAAAUUUCUGAAAUUGAAGCUGUGGCAAGAGCUGUUUUACCUAAGUUCUAUUUUGAUGAUAUUAAUAUGAAUUCUUGGAGCAUAUUUAGCUCAUAUGAUAAGAGAAUUGUUGUGACAAAAAUUCCAAGAAUUAUGGUGGAGAGAUUUGUGAAGGAACAUUUGAGAGCUGAUGAUGUUAUUGGAAGUGAACUCGUUGUGAAUAAUUCUGGCUUCGCUACUGGACUUAUUAAAGAUGAUUUCGACUCGAUUUCGGAAAAAGUUGGUGCUUUAUUUGAUGGGGAAACACAACCUAGCUUAGGCCUUGGAAGGCCUCAAAAUGGUUCUUCAUUCCUUUCACUAUGCAAGGAACAAUCACAUCCAUCAUUAAUGAUCAAUAAAAAUCAAGAUCAACAUCAUAUUAUCAAGCCUUUACCAGUAAUUUUCCAUGAUGGACGUCUUGUUAAACGUCCAACACCAUCAAUAGCAUUAUUAAUUAUUUUAUGGAUUCCAUUUGGUGUUAUAUUAGCAACAAUACGUAUUGUAAUUGGUUUAAUGUUACCAUUAUGGACUGUACCCUAUUUGGCUCCAUUAUUUGGUGGUAAAGUUACUGUCAAGGGCAAACCACCACCACCAGCAUCAACCACUAAUUCGGGCGUGUUCUUUGUGUGCACACACCGAACCCUAUUGGACCCGGUGGUCCUAUCCACCGUACUUCAACGUAGGGUUCCGGCCGUGACGUACUCGAUCUCUCGAUUUUCGGAGAUUCUAUCCCCGAUACCGACUGUUCGAUUAACGAGGAUUCGAGAAGUGGACGCGCAGAAAAUCAAACGUCAGCUCGAGAAAGGUGAUUUAGUCGUGUGCCCCGAAGGAACGACAUGCAGGGAACCAUUUUUACUGAGGUUUAGCGCGCUUUUCGCUGAAUUAACCGAUCGAAUCGUACCCGUGGCGAUGAAUUACAGGGUAGGGUUUUUUCAUGCAACAACAGCUAGGGGAUGGAAAGCAAUGGAUCCAAUUUUCUUCUUCAUGAACCCUAGGCCAGUGUAUGAGGUAACAUUCUUGAAUCAACUACCAGCAGAAGCCACGUGUUCAUCAGGGAAAAGUCCACAUGAUGUUGCAAAUUAUGUCCAAAGGAUUUUGGCUGCAACAUUAGGAUUUGAAUGUACAAAUUUUACAAGAAAAGAUAAAUAUAGAGUUCUUGCUGGAAAUGAUGGAAUUGUGUCACAAAAUUCUGGGACAAAUUUAGCUAACACAUUUAAGAAAGUGGUGGUUGGGACUUUCAAGCUUUUUAUUCACUAAAAAAAGAAAAAAAAUAUAUCGCCUAUAGAUUUUAAGGGCGUGGUGCUCUAACUAUCGAGGUGAUUAUGAGGUUUUUUUUAAUGUUUUUUGCCACUUAUUAUUGUAUUUUAUUUUAUUAUAUAUAUUCAUGUAUUUGUGUAUAUAUAUAGAAAAUAGAAAGAAAAAACAGAGGUUGUAUAAUUCUUUGUUUUUAUAUAUAUCAUCUUUUGCAUUCU